AUAUAACAAGUUAUAUUUAAAUGGCACUGAUCUCAAAAUAUACAAGUUAUAUUUUGAGAUCAGUGUUAAAUGGUUUUCGUAAUUAUUUUUAUGUUAAAUUUCCGUAAUUAUUUUUAAGUUAAUUAUUUCUACGUUAUUUCUACGUUAAAAAUACCGUAAUUAUUUCUACGUUAAAUGUUAAACAGAAUAAUAUAAAAAUAAAAAGCAGUGAGUUGAAGAAUUGACCUCCUUUUGAUGUUUUUUUAAGUAACAUUGGAGAUCAUCAUGUUUGAUUUUGAUGAUAUUGUCAAUGAAAUAAAUAAAGAAACAAUACCAAACGAGCUUCUUUUACUUAAUGAAUGUUUUCUUGCAAAGCAAUGCAAGAAUUCGUUGAUUGCUUUCUUAAAUAAUGAUUUUUUGAAUGCUGCAACGCUUUCUCAAAGCUUGUUGGAUGUUGCUUGGGAAGAAUUAAAUACUGGGCAUUGGAGUAACGUUAAUAUCACCUGGAGGCAUUUGUAUACUUUUGCAUCACUCAUAAAAGCAUUAUCUUUAGCCAAAAUGGAGUUAUUUCAGCCAGCGAUUCACGCAUGUGAUAUGGGACUUAUGAUGGGUGCACCAAUAUUUAAAAACAUUCUAGCACGUGUAGUUUCAAGGAUAACUUGUUAUAUGAAUUUAUGUCAAAAUGUUAUAAACAGUGCUCAAGAUAGUAAAAAUUCAUUUGACUCAUAUGGUUCAUAUGAUGAUCAUAUGCCAGUUGAAAAAAAAAAAAAGGAUAGUUAUCCACAACUUUCCAUAAAUCACGUUAUAAAACGUAUUACAUCUCCUUCCUUGCUUCAUUUUGAACAAACAUAUAUGUCUAAUGAAAUUCCUAUAAUUAUAUCAGACGGUGUACAACAUUGGCCUGCCUUUUCAAAUAGGAAAUGGGAUAUUAGUUACAUUAAAAAAGUUGCUGGUUCAAGAACAGUGCCUAUUGAAGUAGGAGAUAAGUAUACUUCUGAAAAUUGGACCCAAAAAUUAAUAAGUGUAGGUGAGUUUAUUGAUAAGUAUAUAUGUACGAAUAACAAAAUUGGUUAUUUGGCCCAGCAUCAGUUGUUUGAGCAAAUACCAGAACUUCGUGAUGAUAUAUGUAUACCAGAUUAUUGCUGUAUAUCUGAGCAAGAAAACAAUAGAGUAAUGACACAUGCAUGGUUUGGACCAAAAGGAACAGUUUCUCCUUUACAUCACGAUCCAUAUCAUAAUUUGUUUGUGCAGGUUUUAGGUGAAAAAUAUAUUCGUUUAUAUGAUCGUAAAGAUUCUGAAAAUCUUUAUCCGCAUGAAUCACAGAUGCUUAACAAUACAAGUCAAGUUGAUUUAGAAAACGUAGAUGCAGAAAAAUUCCCACUGUUUUUACAAACAAAUUAUGUUGAAUGUGUCCUUAAACAAGGUGAAAUGUUGUAUAUACCGCCUAAAUGGUGGCAUUAUGUACGUUCCCUUGAAACAAGUUUUUCUGUUAGUUUUUGGUGGUAAUUUUUUUGAUUUAAUUCAGCUAAUAAAAAAUUUGUGUAUAUAUAUAUAUAU